GCCCUUUUCAAUCACCACAAGUGGGAAUCGGAUCCUACAUAAGGGUGGAGGAGACAAUCCUUAGUGAUGGGGAACAAAGGAAGAAAAAUUGGAAUGACCCUUACACGGAGAACGUUAAAGCCAAGAAGGUGACGUGUAAGUGGCAAGUAGAUAGGCCCCCCCUCGGGCAACACAAUGACGUGGUCUGGGAAAUUGAGGGCCAUGGGUUACAUUUUAUGUUCUAG